CGACUGUCACAAUAUAUUUUGUUUAUUCUCUACUUUGGAUGUAUUUCGGUUUAAUAAUUGUUUUUCAGUAAUUUUGAAUAUUGCAAAGAUGUGUAAUUUUGGAUUGUUUUUAACCACAUUGGUAGUUGUUAUUGUUAGUGUACCGCAGGUAAAUGCAGAUUGUGAGAGAGCUAGAUCAUUAUUAGGAGCUGAAGAUGUAUGUUGGUCUAGAAAAGUGGAAAUCAUAGACCGUCUCCAAUAUACUCAGAAACGUAUUAUGAAUUUUGCUAAGAAAAAGCUUGGAAUGGAUGUAGAGAAAGAGGAACCUCAAAAAUGUGAAUACUAUUACUGCAUAUUUUCGGAAAUGAAGUUGAUAAAUCCAGAUUAUGAUGUCCCAUGUAUUGAAAGAACGUCCAAUUGGGUCAAAAGAAAUACUUUGUAUAACGACGGUGAAAUUUUAUUAGAGAGGGUGGAGAAAUGCAGUGAGGAAUUGAAAUAUUCGUUUAAUUCCAAUAUAAACUUUUUGGCUGAUAACGUUGAUAAACCAAAGAAUGAAAGACUUAGAACUUCCGAAGGCCAAAGCAAAUGUGAAAUUUCUUUAGAGUACAUGAAGUGUAUGGCUAAUCCUUCAAAAAUUACUGAGUGUCCAGUUUUUCAGUUUCCGUAAGUGAAAACAAAAAUGUGUGUUAUUUUGUAAUUAAUAAAACGUUAAAUGUUUAUUUAA